GAGGAGCACAAAAAUGGAAAAGACAAUUUUAUCUCUUGCAGCCGAAAGAACAGCAGACAAACUGCAGGAGUUCCUACAGACCCUAAACAGAGAUGAUUUGACUAAUCAUCUUCAGAAUCAAGCAGUGAAAGGAAGAAAUGUUGGAGCAUUCCUGAGAGCUGUCUUUAAAGGUUCCCCCUGUUGUGAGGAAACUGGCACCCUUAGGAGAUAUAAGAUAUACUCAUGUUGCAUUGAGUUGCUGGAAUCAGGAGAUUUGCAGAAAGAAGUAGCAUCUGAGAUCAUAGGAUUACUAAUGCUGGAGGCUCACCGUUUUCCAGGAGCAGUAUUGGUUGAAUUAGCCAAUGACUUUGUUAAUGCUAUCAAAGAGGGCACGCUAGACUCUGGAAAAUCUUUGGAGUUAUUACCCAUCAUUCUCACUGCCCUGGCAACUAAAAAGGAAAAUCUGGCUUAUGGAAAAGAGGAAUUGAACGGGGAAGAAUGUAAGAAGCAGUUGAUCAACACCCUCUGUUCUAGCAGGUGGAAUCAGGAAUAUGUAAUCCGACUGACCUCCAUGUUCAAAGAUGUCCCUCUGACAGCAGAAGAGGUGGAAAUUGUGGUGGAAAAAGUGUUGAGGAUACUCCCUAAGUUAAAUCUUCAAGAAAUACCAGCUUUGGUCUAUCAGCUUCUGGUUGUCUCUUCAAAGGGAAACAGAAAGAAUGUUUUGGAAAGAAUCAUAGCUUUCUUCAAUGAACUGGAUAAGAAGCACAGUGAAGAACAGAGUGGUGAUAAGCUGCUGGAUCUUGUUAUAAUGCCAUCAAAUGAACUCCGUUAUGUGGAAGGCACCAUCAUUCUGCACAUUGUGUUUGCCAUUAAGUUGGACUGUGAACUGGGCCGAGAACUCCUGAAACACUUAAAGGCAGGACAGCAAGGAGUCUCCAGUAACUUAUGUCCCUUCAGCAUUGCUCUGCUUCUCUCACUAGCAAGAAUACAAAGAUUUGAGGAACAGGUGUUUGAUCUUUUAAAAACUUCUGUUAUAAAAAGCUUUAAGGAUCUUCAGCUACUCCAAGGCUCAAAAUUUCUUCAGAAUCUAGUGCCUCAUAGAACCUGUGUUUCAGCCAUGAUCUUAGAAGUGAUAAACCAUAGUGUUCACUGCUGGGAUCAUGUUACUCAGGGCCUGGUAGACCUUGGUUUCAUUUUAAUGGAUUCAUAUGGGCCCAAGAAGAUUCUUGAUGGAAAAACCACUGAAACCAGCUCGGGUCUUUCUAGAAUGCCAAGCCAGCAAGCAUGUAAGCUGGGAGCUAGUAUCCUGUUGGAAACUUUCAGGAUUCAUGAGAUGAUCAGACAAGAAAUUUUGGAGCAAGUCUUCAACCGAGUUGUUACCAGAGCAACCUCUCCCAUCAGUCAUUACUUAGAUCUGCUUUCAGAUAUCAUCACAUAUGCACCUUUAGUUCUUCAGAGUUGUUCUUCAAAAGUCACGGAAACUUUUGACUUUUUGUCUUUUCUCCCCCUUCAGACAGUACAGGGUCUGCUCAAGGCAGUGCAGCCGCUUCUUAAACUUAGCAUGUCAAUGAGAGACUCCUUGAUAAUUGUCCUGCGGAAAGCUAUGUUUGCCAGCCAGCUUGAUGCCCGAAAAUCUGCAGUUGCUGGGUUUUUGCUGCUCCUGAAGAACUUUAAGGUUUUAGGCAGCUUGUCGUCCUCCCAGUGCAGUCAGGCCAUCGGUGCCAGUCAGGUUUCUGUGGAUGUUCACAGUCGUUAUAAUUCUGUUGCCAAUGAAACAUUUUGCCUUGAGAUUAUAGAUAGUUUGAGGAGAUGCCUUGGCCAGCAGGCUGAUGUUCGACUCAUGCUUUAUGAGGGAUUCUAUGAUGUUCUUCGAAGGAAUUCGCAGCUAGCUAGUUCAAUCAUGCAGACUCUGCUCUCACAGUUAAAACAGUUUUAUGAGCCAAAACCUGAUCUGCUUCCUCCUCUGAAGUUAGAAGCUUGCAUUCUGACCCAAGGAGAUCAAAUCUGUCUGCAAGAACCACUGGAUCAUCUGCUGUGUUACAUUCAGCAUUGUUUGGCCUGGUAUAAGAGCAGAGUGAUGCCAACGCGGCAGGGAGAUGAGGAGGAAGAAGAGGGAUUCUACCAAGAUUUAGAUGAUAUGUUGGAAUCUAUUACUAAUAGAAUGAUUAAAAGUGAGCUAGAAGACUUUGAACUGGAUAAAUCGUCAGAUUUUUCUCAGAACAAUGAUACUGGCAUCAAAAAUAAUAUCUGUGCAUCUCUUGUGAUGGGAGUUUGUGAGGUUCUAAUAGAAUAUAAUUUCUCCAUAAGUAACUUCAGUAAAAAUAAGUUUGAGGAUGUUCUGAGCUUAUUUAUGUGUUACAAGAAACUGUAUGAUAUCCUCAGCGAAAAAGCUGGUAAAGGCAGAACUAAAAUGGCCAGCAAAAUGAAUGAUAGUUUAUUGUCCAUGAAAUUUGUGUCAGAUCUUCUCACUGCUCUUUUCAGGGAUAAUACCCCAAGCCAUGAAGAAAGCCUGUCUGUCCUCAGGGCCAGUACAGAGUUUAUGCGCUAUGCCGUGAGCGUAGCUCUGCAGAAGGUACAGCAGCUAAAGGAAGCAGGACAUGUGAGUGGCCCUGAUGGCCACAACCCAGACAAGAUCUUUCAGAACCUCUGUGACAUAACACGGGUCUUGCUGUGGAGAUACACUUCAGUCCCUACUUCAGUGGAAGAGUCAGUAAAGAAAGAAAAAGGAAAAAGCAUCUCACUGUUGUGCUUAGAGGGUUUGCAGAAGAUAUUCAGUGCUGUGCAGCAGUUCUAUCAACACAAGAUUCCCCAGUUUUUCAAGGCUCUGGAUGGCACAGACGAGGAAGCAGACAGAGACGUCAGUGUCACUCAGAGAACGGCAUUCCAGAUCCGGCAGUUCCAGAGAUCCUUAUUGAAUUUGCUUAGCAGCCAAGAGGAAGAGUUUAAUAGCAAAGAAGCCGCUGUAUUAGUCACUGUCCUCUCCAGCUUGUCCAAGCUGCUGGAGCCCUCCUCUACUCAGUUUAUGCAGAUGUUAUCAUGGACAUCUAAGAUUUGCAAGGAAAACAGCCAAGAGGAUGCCUCAUUUUGCAAGGGCUUGAUGAACUUGUUCUUCAGCAUGUCUGUUUUGUAUAAGAGUCCUGUUACCCUGCUGCGUGACUUGUCUCAGGAUAUCCAUGGACAGCUGGGAGACAUUGAUGAGGAUGUAGAAGUAGAGAAAACAGACCACUUUGCAAUGGUGAAUUUAAAAACAGCUGCCCCAACUGUCUGUUUACUUGUUCUGGGUCAGGCUGAGAAGGUCCUGGAAGAAGUGGACUGGCUAAUUACCAAGCUUAAGAGACAAGGAAUCCCAGAACCCCUGUCAGAAGAAGCCUCGUCUCAGAUAACCGCAGCGAAUGAUCCCGCUGAGAAAGCUGUCAUCGUGCAACUGGGAACUCUGCUGACAGCUUUCCAUGAACUGGUACAGACGGCCUUGCCAUCAGGCAGCUGUGUGGACACCUUACUAAAGGGCCUCUGUAAAAUGUACACCACCCUUACAGCACUCGUCCGAUAUUAUCUCCAGGUGUGCCGGAGCGCCAGAGGAAUUCCGAAAAAUAUGGAAAAGCUGGUGAAGCUGUCUGGCUCUCAUCUGACGCCGCUGUGUUAUUCUUUCAUUUCUUACGUACAGAAUAAGAAGAGUAAUAACUCGACACAUACAGGGGAGAAGAAAAAGAAAACUGCUGCUGUUAGCACAGCCAUGGCCAGAGUUCUUCGGGAAACCAAGCCAAUCCCCAACCUCAUCUUUGCCAUUGAACAGUAUGAAAAAUUCCUCAUCCAGCUUUCUAAGAAAUCCAAGGUGAACCUGAUGCAGCACAUAAAGCUCAGCACUUCACGAGACUUCAAGAUCAAAGGGAACAUCCUGGACAUGGUCCUCCGGGAGGAUGGGGAGGACGAAGACGAAGAGGGUACUGCAUCUGAGCAUGAGGGACAGAUAAAAGAACCACCCAAGAAGAAACAGAAAAAAUAAAUGAAAUGCCUGAGUUAAUUAGUCUGAGCUGUGAGGCUCCUGCUUCCUUUUUGUCCAGCAAGCAACAGUGCCACUUCUCCUACAACCUAAACCAAAGUUGCAUCUUGGUUUUUAAACUCAGCUGCAUCUUUACUUAAAGGAAUCUUCUUGAUGGGUCCUGAUGUGAAAAAAUGCCUGGCAUCAGGCAAGCCUUUUGUAAAAAGCGUAGCUGGAAGCCUGAGUUUGGGAAUGUGCCCCACCCCUAUGAAGCUCCACAGGAGCAGAUUCAGAGGCUUCUCCGGGCAGUUAGGGUCCAGGCUGGCUUCGUUUCUCCAGAGAGCCUUUGGUGAGUUCGAUUAUCUGGUAAAUAUCCAAUGCUUCACCUGCAAGACACACAAACUGGUUAGGAUGCCUGCUCCCGAACUUCAGCUGAGAGCUCAGAUGUGGCAGAAAGGUGUAUGGAAAGGGUGAGACUAACUCAGGGAACGUCCUUACAUGUUAGGAGGGUUCAUUUUCUCUUAGCACAAAGUAAGUUUGUCUUAGAUACAUUUUAUAUAGAAAAUAAGCUUUCUUAUUUACUUGUUUGCAUUUAAAGCAUGGGUGUGUUUUCACCUGUGAAUGCACUUUGACUUUAUUUAAUAAACCUUAAAAAUUUC